AUGACAACCAUGAACCUAGCGAAGAACUCAUUCUUCAAUGUUUCCAAGGCCUUCUUCCCUCGAAACCCUUCUUUGUUCCCUUUUCGUUUCUCUAGGGUUUCCUUCAUCACCUCUGCUUCCAAAUACUUUGAUCAGGGACAAAAUGCAGCAGAAGAAGCGAAAGAUUCAGUGAAGGAAACAGUUUCGGAAGGAACCGAAAAGACUAAGGAAACUGCAAAGGAAGGUAUGGAGAAAGCUAAAGAGAAAACCAAGGAGGUGAAGGAUACUGCUGGUGACGUGGCACAAGGAGUGAAGGAGAAGACUAGUGACGUGGCUGGAUCUGUGGCUGAUAAAGCGAAGCAAGGAACGGAGAAGGCAACUGAGAUGGCUCAGAAUUUAGGGGAGAAGGCUAAACAGACGGUGCAGGGUGCAUGGGGAGCGGCUAAAGAGACGAGUCAGAAGAUUAAAGAGAGUGUGGUUGGAAAGGAUGAAAGUGACUAUUCUACUACUGAUGAUGAAAUUGAAGAACUUAAGAAGAGAGGUGAUGGUAAGAAAAAUGACUGGAAGUAA